AUGGAUGCAUUUCCUUCAUCUUCAUCUUCUUCUUCGCCUCAAUGGAAUUAUGACGUCUUCUUGAGUUUUAGAGGUGAAGAUACCCGCAAGAACUUUGUGGACCAUCUCUAUAUGGCUCUGCAACACAAAGGAAUUCACACCUUCAAAGAUGAUGAGAAACUUCAGAGAGGAAAAUCGAUUCCUUCUGAACUCCUCAAGGCAAUUAAGGAAUCGAAAUUUGCAAUCAUCAUUUUUUCGAAAAACUACGCAUCGUCCUCUUGGUGUUUGGAUGAACUCGUACACAUCGUUGAAUGCAGGAAUAAAGUGGGACAGACGAUUUUGCCAAUUUUCUACAAUGUCGAUCCGUCACAAGUACGAAAACAAAAAGGAAGUUUUGCAGAAGCAUUUGCCAAACAUGAGGAAAAUUUUGGAGAGGAUAAGGAAAAGGUGCAAAAGUGGAGGGCAGUUUUGGAAGAGGCAGCAAAUUUAAGCUGGUGGGAUUUAAACGAUGUAGCAGAUGGGUAUGAGGCGAAAUUUAUCCAAAAAAUUGUUCAAGAGAAUAUAAAAAUAUUGGAAUAUAAACCAUUAUAUAUUGCCAAGUAUGAAGUGGGGAUAGAUUCUCGUGUCAACGGAGUGAUCACUUUGCUAAAUAAUGGGCCAAAGGAUGUGUGCACUGUGGGAAUUUGUGGAACGGGGGGAAUAGGAAAGACAACCAUAGCCAAAGUUGUCUUCAAUCGAAUAUUUAAUCAAUUUGAAGGUUAUUGUUUCCUUAAAGAUGUGAAAGAAGUUUCAGAACGACAGAAUGGUCUAACUGAUCUGCAACAACAACUCUUGAAUGACAUCCUAAUGGAAGAAGAUCUAAAGAUGUCUAAUGUUGACUACGGGAUCAAUGUGAUAAAGAAAAGACUACAUUACAAGAAGGUCCUGGUAGUUCUUGACAAUGUGGAUAGUUUGAAGCAAUUGGAAAGUUUAGUUGGAGCAAAUGAUUGGUUUGGUUUUGGAAGUAGGAUCAUUGUAACCACCAGAAAUGAACGUUUAUUGGUGGAGCAAAAAGUAGAUGAAAUGUACAAGGUUGAGUUGUUGAAAGACGAUGAAGCUCUUCAACUUUUUAGUUGGCAUGCUUUCACUACCAACCAUCCCUUGGAGGAUUAUUUGGAUCUUUCACGAAGUGUGGUAAAUUAUGCUGGAGGCCUUCCAUUAGCUCUUCAAGUUUUGGGUUCUCAUUUAUUUAAAAGAAGUUUUAAAGAGUGGGAACAUGAAUUGGAUAAUUUGAAAAGAAUUCCUAAUAAACAAAUUCAUGAUGUUCUUAAGAUAAGUUUUGAUAGCCUUGAUGACACAGAGAAGGAUUUAUUCCUUGACAUUGCUUGUUUCUUCAAAGGGUAUGAUGAAGAUUAUGUAAUGGAUGUAUUGGGCAGUAAUGGGUUUCACCCACGAAUUCCAAUUCUUAUUGAACGGUCAUUGAUAACUAUCUCAUCAACCAAAGAGCUGUGCAUGCAUGAUUUGUUACAAGAAAUGGGUAAGGAAAUUGUUCGUCAAGAAUCACCUGAUGAUCCUGGCAAACGAAGUAGGUUGUGGUUUUAUGAAGAUAUCUAUAAAGUGUUCAGAGAGAAUACAGUGAUAGAAACAAUUAAAGGCAUUGUGUUAAACGUGCCUGAUGAACAUGUACCAGAGGAGUUACAUGUAGAUGUCGAUGUCUUUGAGAAGAUGAAGAAACUUAAACUACUCAAACUUAGUGGCGUACGACCUUGUGGACAAUUUACAUAUCUUUCAAAUGAAUUAUAUUAUCUCGAUUGGGAUGAUUAUCCUACAAAGUUUUUGCCAUCCAAUUUCCAUCCAAAAAAUCUUGUUCAACUUCGUCUUUGUCGCAACCAAAUCAAAGAAAUAUCAUCAAGUAUAAAGUUUCUACAAAAGUUAAAAUACCUUGAUCUCGGUCACUCCUUAUAUUUGUUUAAAACUCCUGACUUGUCUAGUCUCCCAUAUCUCGAGGAAUUAAAUCUUGAAGGAUGUAAAAAUCUAAUUGAGGUCCACGAGUCGAUUGGAGUUCAUGAGAGGCUUGUUAAUUUGGUUAUGGGGGGCUGUAAAAAUCUGAGGAGUCUCACAAAAAGCAUCAAGUUGGAAAAGCUAGAAUAUUUGGAUCUAUGGGGAUGCUUAAAACUUGAGAAGUUUCCAGAGAUUCAGGGGCAUAUGGAUCGUUUGCAACAUCUUAAUUUGGGUGGAUCUGGAAUAAAAGAUUUGCCUUCAUCAAUUGAGCUUCUUGAAGGGCUUCAGUAUUUAUGGGUACGUGAUUGCCAAAAGCUUAAAAUGGUUACAAGCAACAUUUUUUAUAGAAUGAAGAAUUUAACAAGCCUUGACUUUAGAGGAACCGCUAUAGGACAGUUACCAUCAUCCAUUGUACAGUUGUGUAACCUUAGUGAACUUCAUGUAAGUGAUUUACAAAGAGUGUCUCCGAAAAUGCCAAAUUCAUUGGUGCCAUUUUCAUUGGUGCGAAAGAGAAAGAGUACUCCUCCUGCUUCAACUAAUUAUUUGCAACUGGAACUGCUUUCCGCUUUGUGCACUUUAUCUUUUUUAGAGUUAAGUAGAAACAAUUUCUCUAGCAUACCAACAAGCUUCAUUCAACUCAAAUGUCUGAAAGUCCUUUAUUUGGAAGGUUGCACAAGCCUCCAAACGUUGACUUCACUUCCGUCAUCUAUUGAAUAUGUGGAUGCACAUGGCUGCAUAUCAUUGGAACGGUAUUGGAUUCCACCAAGUGGAAUUGGUCCAAACAAUCGCAAAUUAAGAUUCAGUGAGUGCCACAAAUUGGUUAUGGAUGAGAUGGAGAACAUGCCAAAUAUAUCAUCACAAAGUCAGCUUCAGGGGGUUGAAUGGAUCAGUUUUCCGGGAAGUGAGAUUCCGCAAUGGUUUAGGCAUAAGAGUGAAGUUGAGGGCUCUUCUUUGUCUCUGGUGGUAGAUCAUUUAUCUUCUUACAAUAAUGUCAAAGGAAUUUCCAUCUGUGCUGUUUCGAAUUUUCAUGAAAUUGAUGGAAUUAUUGGAUUUGAUCUCAAAAUCAAUGGUUAUGGCAUGGAGGGACCAAAUACGUAUGCGAGGUGUAAAGGCAGUCACGUUAUUUUGAUCAACAUAACCAAUUACGAAGAACAGAAGCAAAAGUAUCAACCAAUUAAAAAUUUGAUGAAGAAGAGACCAAAGCUCAGCCCAGGCCCUCCCAAUAUUUGUGAUGAUGACAGCUGUUACAGUCAGGCUUCAAUAUUUGACUACAUAAGUGGUUACAGUCAGGCUUCAAUAUUUGACUACAUAAGUGGCACUAGACAAGAAAAGAAGGUGAAGAAAAUGGGUAUCCAUCUAAUUAUGGAGGAGCAAGGUGAAGGUGAGUAGA